AUUAUUAUUAUUUAUCUCCGAAUUAAUUAAUAUAUGAAAAUGGUUUCCCCAAUAUUUAUUUCCUUAAUAUUAUUCCUCCUCGCUUCCCGCAAAAUUCUCUCCUCAAUCCCCAUUUACCAAACCAAUGGCGAUGAUUAUUGUAGCAACAACCGAAACAAAGUCAAAUACCAAACAAACCCCUCUGCACGUAGAUUGCCAUGGAUUUCACCUCUCACACCCUUUAUUAUUUUUAUUUUUAUUAUUAUUAUUAUUUCCUCCUGGGAUUUUCCCCUCUUCUCCCUAAACCAAAACCUUCAAUUUCUUCAAUGGCCGCUUCUUAGGUUUUCUUAAUUUCCGUUUCUGUGCUCUCAUCAGCCCACCCGAUGAAUCACACACUUUCAGAAGACAUUGCAUGUGGGCCCGGCAAAAUGAACUUUGCCCCCAAAACGUCGACCACAUCGAAGAAAUCCGAACUCGCAAAAAGAAGAACGAAUCCCGGCUCAGUCUCUCCGUUCGAAGCUCUUUCUUUAGAUAAUAAUCCAACCUCGAAUCUCAAUUCCUCAAAUCCAUGCCCAUUGCCCACUCCUAGACCAUUCCCAAACCCCGAUUAUAUCGCUACAACGACACUCAGUUCUUCACCCGCAAAGACAACCAAUCACAGCUGGACAAGUGGCGGAACUAACAGCCGGAGCGACAGUCUAGACAGCACGACCUCGGCCACGUCAUCGUCCUCACUCAAGCCACACACGGGCGGUGAUGUCAGGUGGGACGCAAUUAGUGCCGCCUCUUCGAAAGAUUCUCCACUCGGACUUACCAAUUUUCGUCUGUUGAAGAGAUUAGGGUAUGGAGAUAUUGGGAGUGUUUAUCUUGUUGAACUUAGAGGAACGAGUACUUUCUUUGCGAUGAAAGUUAUGGAUAAGGGUUCGCUCGUGAGCAGAAAUAAACUGCUUCGAGCUCAAACGGAGAAGGAGAUUCUUGGUUUGCUUGACCACCCUUUUUUACCGACUCUGUAUUCGCAUUUCGAGACUGAUAAGUUUUAUUGCUUGGUUAUGGAGUUUUGCAGUGGGGGUAAUCUUCAUACGUUGAGGCAAAAGCAGCCCAAUAAGUAUUUUACGGAGGAAGCUGCUAGAUUCUACGCAUCGGAAAUCCUAUUAGCACUCGAGUACCUCCACAUGCUAGGAAUCGUCUACCGCGACCUAAAGCCAGAAAACGUUCUAGUAAGAUCCGAAGGACACAUCAUGCUCUCCGAUUUUGACCUCUCCCUCCGGUGCUCCGUCAGUCCAACCCUAGUCAAAUCAUCCUCCGGACAUGCACCCCACCCUAACAACCACGGGGGUGCAAUCCUAGAUGACGAAAGCGUAGUCCGAGGAUGCAUGCAGCCCUCGAGUUUCCUCCCAAACCUCCUCCCCACCAAAAAAAACCGCAAAUCCAAAUCCGAUUUCGGAAUCGGAAAUUACAACUCCACCAACAACUCACUCCCCGAAUUAUUAGCGGAGCCCACGAACGUGAAGUCGAUGUCUUUCGUCGGGACCCACGAGUAUUUAGCGCCCGAGAUCAUCCGUGGUGAGGGGCACGGUAGUGCGGUGGAUUGGUGGACGUUCGGAAUAUUCCUUUACGAGCUACUUUACGGAACCACCCCCUUUAAAGGGUCCGGAAAUAGGGCGACGCUUUUCAAUGUUGUGGGCCAGCCCUUGAAGUUUCUAGAAGCUCCGCAGGUGAGCUCGAACGCGAGGGAUUUGAUUAGAGGGCUCUUGGUGAAGGAGCCACAGAAGAGAAUUGCUUAUAAAAGAGGUGCUACUGAAAUAAAGCAACACCCCUUUUUUGAAGGUGUGAAUUGGGCUCUUGUGAGGAGUGCUUUGCCUCCUUAUGUACCCGAGCCCGUUGACUUUAGUCAAUUUGCCAGCAAGGAUUCGGACAAGAAGGUGGCUGCUGACGUGGACAAAAGUGGUCCCGCCGAGUCGGGUUACGUUGAGUUCGAGUAUUUUUAGGAUUUGGCGAGAAUUCUUGAUUUCUAUAUAUUUUUAAUAUGUAUGUUUUUUUUUUUCAUGGAAAGGGAGAAAGAUGCAAAUUUGUACACAGGUUUGGCCUUUUUGGUAUUGUGACAUUAUUAUUAUUAUUAUUUUUAUUAUUAUCUGAAAUUAAACAUUAUGGUAAUUGGGAACAAUGACUUUUUUUAAUGAGGGGAUAUUGAAGAAUGUGUUA